AUGGAAGAAUCAGCACAACCCCUGGCCAAACAACCUACAGCAGACGGUUUCCCCAAACAAGUGGUUCCUGCUCGUGCUUCCGGUAGUUCCACGGCUCACCCACGCUUCCCUUCACAGUGGGGCCAGCCGCCGCCUGUAGAGAAAGAGAGAGGGAGGAAGAUGAAUGACACGAGGAGAAACUGUGUCCGUACCGUACUUGCUGUACGUGGUCCCAAGUGGAGAGCCGCAGCCGUUGUGUUUGGUGAUGAAGUGAAGUCAGUGUCAGUGAUGGAGGGAGAUUCUGUUACUCUACACACUGAUACUAAACUACAGAUUAAAGAUGAGAUCGAGUGGAUGUUUGGUGUUGAGAGUCCAGAUGAGAUCAUAGCUGAAUAUAACAGAGAAGCAAACACAACAUCAUUAAAUGAUGAAAGAUUCAAGAAUCAUUUAUAUCUGAAUCAUCAGACUGGAGAUCUCAUCAUCACAAACAUUACAAACAAACACACUGGAGUUUAUAGAGUAGAGAUCAACAGACAACCUUCUGUCAUCUUCAGACACUUCAGUGUUACUGUCUAUGCUCCUCUGCCUGUUCCUGUCAUCUCCAGAGACUCUUCACAAUGUUCAUCGUCAUCAAGAUGUGUGUUAUUGUGUUCAGUGAUGAAUGUGAGAGAUGUGAGUCUGUCCUGGUACAAAGGAAACAGUUUAUUGUCCAUCAUCAGUGUGUCUGAUCUCAAAAUCAGACUCUCUCUUCAUCUGGAGGUUGAAUAUCAGGAUAAAAACACAUACAGAUGUGUACUCAACAAUACCAUCACAAACCAAACUCAACAUCUCAACAUCAAGAAUCUCUGUCAGAGGUGUAUAGUUGGUGUCGACUGUUGUGGUUUUACUGAAGCUGUGAUUCGAUUGGUCGUCUCUGCUCUGGUGGGUGUGGCUGCUGUCACAUUUUUGAUUUAUGACAUCAGAUCCAGAUGA